AUGACUCGGCCCCUGGAGCAGGCAAUAGCUGCCAUCGUGUGCACCUUCCAGGAGUAUGCGGGGCGCUGCGGGGACAAGUACAAGCUCUGCCAGUCGGAGCUUAAGGAGCUGCUGCAGAAGGAGUUGCCCAACUGCACCCCGACUGAGUUUCGGGAGUGUGACUACAAUAAAUUCAUGAGCCUUCUGGACACCAACAAGGACUGCGAGGUGGACUUUGCCGAGUACGUGCGCGCGCUUGCCUGCCUCUGCCAAUACUGCCACGAGUACUUCAAGGGCUGCCCUCCAGAGCCCCCCUGCUCCGAGUAG